GUUGAUGGUGGAUGGACUGAAUGGAGCCCAUGGUCCGCUUGCAGCGUGACAUGUGGAGUUGGUGAGCAGACUCGGGACCGAACCUGCACCAAUCCUGAACCAGCUAACGGUGGGGCGGACUGUGAUGGACUGGCUCAGGAGACACAAGCCUGCGACACGGGGGUGUCCUGUCUAGUAAUAGUUGAUGGUGGUUGGACUGACUGGGGCUCAUGGUCCGCCUGCAGCAUGACAUGUGGAGUUGGUGAGCAGACUCGGGACCGAACCUGCACCAAUCCUGCACCAGCUCACGGUGGGGCAGACUGUGAUGGACCAGAUCAGGAGACACAAGCUUGCGACACAGGGGUGUCCUGUCCAGUAUUGCCGACCCGAGAUUGCUCGGACGUGUACCCUCGCCUGCGCCCUGCCAGGAACUUCGGCAGGUACCAGAACAAAUACUGCUUUUGGUCCUCUGCGUGGAGAAGCAGACGGCUGAACUACACAAAAGCCCAACAAAAGUGCGAGUCCAAUGGCGGGACGUUGGCUAUGAUCAAAGAUGCCAGUGUGCAGGCAUUUAUCAACAACCACCUGAAGACUAGUAGCGGUAGAACUCAAAGGAACUACUGGAUUGGCCUGGAUGACCUGAACAGGGAGGGUGUGUUUGAGUGGAAUGACGGGACCAAACUGGGAAGCUAUCGCAAGUUCAAGUCCAAACGCCCUCACAAAAUAAGGGACUGUGUGGCACUGUGGAGGACGGCCAGACGGAGUCGUUGGUUCCCACUGAAGUGCAAGAUCAGUCUGCCCUACAUCUGUCAGAUGGACUACAAUGUGAACAAGUAAGAUGAUGACAUACGUGACGUCAGCAGAACAGCCUUAUGACGUCAGGACAACGUUACUACAGCACUUUAGUGACUAGGAUGUUGUCAAAGCUAGACAAGUAAUUUGAAAUAGUCUUUAAUAGCAUACAGCUUUACAUACACCAUAGUUCACACUUUAAUUCAAUGCGAAACAAUAUAGCUGAUCUACUACUUGCUACUACAUGUUUCACUAGUCCUGCAGAAGAUUUCUUUGCUCCCAAAGUUUGGCUACUGUCAAACUGUACUAAAUGUCAUCAUCGUCGUAAAUGACAGUUUCAAUUCAUUUAACUUAUAACCUUUUACUCAUUUAGAGGGUAUCAUAUCAGCACCUUUAUGAUAGCAUCAAAUUCAAUUAAGACCAUUAAGUAACUAAAGAUUGGUACAUUUUUUAAAUGAUUUUAGAAACAGCACCCAGAUCUACAUAAGAAAUACCUACUAGUACACAGCUCCAAUUUUACCUGCAUAAGCAAGUGGUAUUUUAAGCCUUAGUAGUAAAAAUUAGGUGAUAAUAUUAGGCUAUAUGCAACGUCAUAUACUACAUUGAUCAUCAGUUAAGUAAGUACAAAUGUACCAAUGCAACAGAAUGAUAAACCAUAACGUACAAAUGCAGAUUGCAAUUAUAGCGCAAUAUACAUGUAACGAAUGUGACAAAUGAAUAUAAGCAGGUACUUACAUGCAGUAAUUCCAGAAAAUGUUGCACUUGAAGGUUGAGAUUGCAGUGUCAGUCAGGAACAGCCAGCCGAUUGGUUGAUUCCCAUUCUUGAUGUGUAACAUGAGGGAUGUAAAAUCAGUCGUCAAUGGAUUAUGUGUUAUUGUGCUAUUGUGUGGCAGUCAAAAAUUAUGCAAUGGCAUCCGUUAUGCAACGUCUUUCCAGUUAGGUUUGAUAUAUCCUAGCCCUACUAUGAAUUAUUUGGCAAUAUACACUGUACAUGUAGUAACAGCAAUUUUCAUUUUUGCAUCAACAUUAAGAAGAAAUGGUACACAUGUAUUAUACAGCAGUACUUAGUACAGUACUUGUAAUCAUACAAUGUAUGCAACAGUGUCUGCUAUGCAACAACUUACAAGUUACACAAGUUACUAGUACUAGGUCGAUAUAUAUUUCAAUAUCUUGUCUUUACUUAUAAGUUAUAGUGUAUAGAUCACUUACUGAGAGUUAGACACAUGAGGCAAUUACUAGUAGGUGGGCCCAGCAGGGUCGGUCAGCAGCCAUUGUCUUUACAUCCUUCCAGCUUACAAGUAUGUUGACUGCAUGUAGGUCCCUCUCAAUUGUCUGUAAUUCAUCUUGGGUAACCUCUGUGUCUCUUUCCUGUGUGGAGUUCAAUGUAUGACUUGGUUUGACUCAGUCUUAAAUUUUCUAGUGCAUUAAGUCUUAUAGCAUGGCUAAGCCAGCUCAGACGCCCUUGAUUGGUAAUAGGUUUUUAGCUUUUAGCAGUUGGCAUUUUCUAGCUCUAGUUCGAUUUCUUCGGCUAUACAAUAACAGCAUUAUUCACAUUUAACGUAAAUUAGUCACACAAAGUUAGUCUGGUGGAAGGCGUCCUCAAGCGUGCAACCCCAGGUCUUAACUCAUUGUCAAUUUCUUUUUAAAAACACAUUAAAGUUGCCAUGAAAUCAUAAUGAAAAAAAAAAUCAAAUUUUUAAUCAGAAAACAUGCUGAAUGUCUUUGGAAACAGUCUAAAUCUAUGAUCGUGAUGAUGUCGUCCAUUAAAUUAACAUAGUCAUCAAUGAUAAAUUAAAAAAAGUGUGGUAUAGAGGAUAUCAAGUAAUCAUUACUACAUUUAGCACAUUGUAUAACACUUUUACUUUUGCAUCUGUAACGUUAGUGGUUGCCAUCAGAAAACUUUUUGUUACUACUCUACUCCUCAGCUAUUCUCUUCAGUAACAGUAAAUACAAAUUGAAUGUGAUCUAUUCUGCAUCACUCUUAAAGGGACACAAUGCAAAUGUUGAAAUGCUAUAGGUCAUAUCAUUAGUGUCAGGAAAAAA